ACUUAAUAGAAGGUUUCUAAGAGUUUCUGAUUAAUAAUAGAGCAUUAUUAUCAUAGAAAAGAUGCAUUUUAUUAAACACUCUUUUGAAUUUUAAAAUUUGUAUUUUUGUUGUUUAAACCUGAUGCAAAGUAACAGACCUGAGUCCUAUCAAGAGUGGUUACUCAAGUCCUACAUUAAUCAAAUGUCCCAAACUCACUCCAACACCGCUCUCUCCUGGCGGCGUCUUUACCUGAGCAGAGCGAAAUUAAAAGCAAGUAGUAGAACGUCUGCAUUGCUGUCUGGUUUCGCAAUGGUUGCUAUGGUUGAAAUUUCCAUAGGUGAUAAUGAUGGUAAAUCUUCCAUUCCAGAGGAACUGCUUUUAGUAUUUGGUAUUUGCACAACACUUUUAGUUGUUGUUCAUCUGAUGGCAUUGAUGAUAAGUACGUGUAUCCUGCCAAAUAUAGAAGCAGUCAGCAAUGUUCACAGUGUUCAGGCAGUCAAUGAAUCUCCUCAUGACGAGAUGCGAGUAUGCGUUGAAAUGGCUUGGGUAUUCUCCACUGGCCUUGGUAUUUUGCUCUUCCUUACAGAGAUUGCUAUUCUUUGCUGGGUCAAAUUUUAUAGCUUCAGUCGUAACACGGCCAUAGCUUCUACUGUUAUUGUCAUUCCUGCAGGAAUAUCCUUUAUUGCAUUUUCAUUAUUGUUUUACAAACGGCUAAUGGCUCACAAAUAUCAAAGACAUUCUGAAGGAUUAAAAGAACUUGAUGAAAUGGCCAGAGAGUUGCAGACCAGUAGAGAUGGAGUUAACAUAAUUUAAAAUGAAUUUUUUUUAAUUCUAUGUUUUAAUUUUGAGAAAGUAUUUUUGUAUCACUAAAUGUUGUUCAAGUGUCCUUUUAAUUAUUAGAAAUGUAAUAUACAACCUUUUGUAUAAAUAAAAUUUUACUUUUUUGCAAAUGUUACAAUUUUGCCUUGUGUAACUUUAUUGAAAAUGAUGUUGACAUCUGGUAAUUUAAUCCUCUAAGCUUCCUUGCAUUAGUACAAUUAGUUUGUGCAUGUCUUCAUGUGUACAUUUAACAGAUCUAAUUACCAUUUUCUGUGUUUGUAACCAAUUGUGCUAAAUUAUUUUAACUGUGUUUUUAAGCCUGUUCCUGGUUGAAAGUAAACAUGGCUAAAAUUUCUUUUCUUAAAAUUUUACGAAAAUGCUUUAAAAAACUCAAUAACUUUGAAAUGUGUGACUACUUUUUCAGUUAAAUGGAUAUUUUUAAAAACUUAACA